AAAUUUGGGGGGGGGGGUAGUCUACCGGUAGAGUCAAAGGGACCGUCGCUGUUGCCAUAUGUUGUCUUCUCGAGAUCUUCCUGGAGGGAGAACGGGAUCUUUUAUCUUCGUCUCUCCAUACCGGUAGUACCCACAUUGCUAUCUUCUUGCCUCCAUACGUUACCAUUCAACUUCCCAACCACCUGCUCCAGCCAGAGCAUCCUCUUUUAGGUGCUGUUCAAGUGUCGACCACCCUGGUUCACUUCUGACGCCACACUACCCAGCUAUCUCUCUAGCUUGUUGACUCAGCCAGAUUUGGGUGAUAAAAUCAUGAAGAUACCUUCCAGUUCCAACAUCCUACUUGGAGGACUCCUGGUGCUAUCCUACAGUCCUUCGCCAGCAGCAGCCUCUCCGAUUGCUUCUUUCAAGAACGUCAAUGCCUUUGUCACCAGAUCACCACAACAAUCCACUGCAUUUGUUCUGGCACAAAUCCCUCGAGGAGGCGCCUGGUACUUUGGCAAAAAGUCGGCAGCACGUAAAUAUCGCGAACUCUUGGAAGAACAAGUGAACAUGUUGGAUCGGCAAUUGCGACAAUCUCAAGAAGAGCUGGCCUUGUUGCGUCGUCAACUCAAGACAUCCCAGGCAAUUUUGCAUCGAUCGGGUCUCAAGGGUGCUUCGGCCGAAGGCCAAGCCAGCAAACUCGCCACCUUGACAGAAAACCAAGAUUUGAAAAAGCGAGUGGCCAGUCUCUCCAAAGAAAUCCUACAAUUGGAAAAGAUGCGAAACGAAUUCCAAGCAAUAAUACAAAAUCAGCACAUGAAAAUGGAAGAAUUAGAAGCCAAAUUACAAGAAAAGGAGUUGGCCAAUCAGAAUGUGGUUGCCAAGUACGAACGGGAGUUGCAAUCCUUGAAAUUGGAUAUUGAAACCAAGUAUCAAAAGCAAAUUGCCGACUUGACCAAUCUCAUGAACAAAAGGGUCGAAGAAGCUGCGGAACAUGCCCGACAAGUUGCACUUAGGGAAAUGGAUGCCAAAAUUGCCCAAGCCACUGAGGCCGAACGACAACGUGGAGAAAAGUUGUUGGAAGACGAACGCAAACGAUCUGAAGCCGCUGUGGAACGUGAAAAGGUCAAGAUGCGCAAGUUGGCCAAGGUGCUGUUUGAACGGGAAAAGAAGUUGAAUACGCUGGAUAAGGACAUUAUGGAAGUUGCUAGUCCGGUAAAAUCUUCCUUUGGAAGUAAGACGGGCAAUCCAACAUACAAGGUGGACACGAUAAGAAAGUUCUAGUCAGUUGCUACUUGCGUGGUAGUGUGUUUGAGUGGUUGUUUUGUAGUUCUGAGUGUUGUAAUAGUUUGAGUUUACCUUUCAACUACAUAGCUGUGGUGGUGC